GUCCUCAAUUUCGGACCAUAGUGUGAUUAAGUACUAUUAAUUUAGUAAUCAUUAACUUUGAAAUAUAAAUAGAUUUCGUAUUUUUUACAUGUAUAAAUUUUUUAUUCAGUAGAAAACAGAAUGCCCUAAAGAAAACAGCAUUAAUGCGAGUUGAAUGUGUGACAUGUAAAGGUGAAUUUGGUUUACAAAUAUUCCAAUGUGAAAAUGGGCAUAGUUCAUGCAGUGGAUGCAGAUUUAUGAAUAAAGUGUGUGGCUCGUGUUCUAAAACAAUUACGGACAUAAGGAAUAUCACAUUAGAAGCAACUAUAGCUGAUAUAAUUGUCAAACAAAGCAACAAUACUGAGCGUACUAAGUGUCAUAAUGCAAAAGAUGGUUGCAGUCUAUCUUUCCCCAUAAACGAAAUGGGAAAUCACCUAAAAGAAUGUCCAUUUAACGAUAUAAAAUGUCCUCUUUCGUCGUUGUACCAAAACUGCACCUGGAAAGGAAAAAUUAAUCAGUUAUCAAUUCACUUCAAUGACGUCCACCCACAACACUGCGUGGCUGACGUAGACAAAGAAAUGUCUCUUCUAAAUAUUAAUAUAAGCCAGAAGUUGACCUACUUUGUUAAAAUUGGCAAUUACAACUUUUUAAUUCACAUUAAAGUUGACGGAGCUGAAAAACUUUUAUAUAUGACUGCUCAACUCUUUGGCACAAAAGAUUGGAGGUUGCAGUGAACGCACUUUACCUUUUAUAAGGCGAUAUGACAAAACGUUUUUUUUUUUUUUUCGUCACUGACAAAUUCACCCAUGCGCGCUGGGCCUUAAAACAUGAGUUUGUGAUGAAGUUCAUAUACAUCAUUUAUUCUGUUCUUCGACUAGAGUUUAUUAUUUUAAAUGCUAAAUAAAAAAUAUAUGUUUAUUCAUUAUUAUGCUAUCGUUUAGUUCUUAUGAUAAUUCGUUAGAAUCUUUAUUUUAGGUCGAAAAAUGGAAAUACCUAUAAAUCUUUUUAAUUAAAGGUCUAUUUUUGAUAGA